CAAGAAGAGCAACACUUAAGUGCUAAAGUUUUCUCCAGAAUGAAAGAGCUGAGAUUGCUUAUACUCCGAAGUGUACCCACCUCUCAGGAAGUUGAAUAUCUUUCCAAUGAAUUAAGUUAUUUGGAAUGGUAUAAAUGUCCAUGUAGAACUUUUCCAUCAAAUUUUCAACCAGAUAAACUUGUCCAGCUCCAUAUGCAGCACAGCAGUAUUGAACAACUUUGGAAGAGAUCAAUGAAGCCUAUUAAGUUGCUGAAGGUCAUUGAUCUUAGUUACUCGGAAAGUUUAAUUGAGACCCCGGACUUCCGAGGGAUCCCAAAUCUUGAGGAGUUGAAUCUUGAAGGAUGUAAGAAUCUUCAUGAAGUUCACCGAUCUAUUGGAGUUCUAAAAAGGCUUGUUUUCCUUAACCUGAAAAAUUGCGGAAACCUUGUGUCUCUUCCAAGCAGCAUGUGUAACUUAAAGUCCCUUAAGAGUCUUAUCUUGCGUGGCUGUUCAAAACUUAAGAAACUUCCAAAUAUGUUGGAUAUGAACUGUUUGGAGGUGUUGGAUGCAGCUGGAAUUGGUAUGCAACAACUGGAAUUAGCUAAGCAAUGGAAUUUCCAUCUUCUGUCAUGGUUGAUGCCUUCGACUUGGAAGAAUCCAGAGCCUAUGGUUAUGGCAUUUCCUUCAGCUCUACCCUUCUUGAAAGAACUAGACCUUAGUUACUGCAAUCUUCCUGAAGGAGCCAUUCCUAAUGACCUUAGUGGCUUCCCCUUGCUGGAACGUCUCAAUCUAAGUGGAAACAAUUUUAUGACGUUACCCUCAAGCAUCAAUCAUCUUUCCCAACUCCAUUGUCUUGAAUUAUCUAAUUGCAAGAAGCUUCAGUCAUUACCAGAUCUUCCAUCGAAUAUCGUAGGUCUGUAUGUGGAAAACUGCACUUCUUUGGAAAGUCUUCCAAAUUUGUCUGACAAACCCAAUGUGAAGCAUUUUCGGAUAGAUUUCUCAUACUGCUCCAAGUUAAAUGAUAAGCAAGGGACAAUCAAGGUGGCGUUUGCAUGGCUGAAAAGUUUCCUGCUUUCGUUUCUAAAAAUCCGUCGGCUGCUCAGGAUACAAGAAAUCUGCACAAACAUGGAUCAGUUUGAAAAAAUUUGCCGCAAGAAAGGAAUUUAUACAUACAGACCAUAUUCAUUCCCUCGCUUCUCUAUGUACUUACCUGGAAGUGAAAUUGCCGACUGGUUCAACUAUCAGAGUUUCAACAGUCCGUUGAAAAUAUACCUGUCUUCUUCUGAAAAAUGGUGGAACAUUGUAGGUUUUGUUGUUUGUGUUGUGAUAACUGAAGAUGAUGAACCUACUUGUGAAUUUGAAGUUUAUAGUAAAAACAAGUUUGUUUUUGGCCCCACCUAUCAUCUCAAAGAUUGGAGAUCAGACCAUCUUUACCUCUUCUUUAUUCCCAAUCACUUGAUUGAUCCUUAUGAAGAACAAAGUCCCACCAAGGUGAAGCUAACUUUCAAUGAAACAGAAAUCAAAAAGUGUGGGAUACGCAUUGUACAUGAGAAAGAAAUAGAAGAAUUACUCCAACUUGGUAAACCUUUAGAAAAUUUGUAUGCUUUUCAGAAUUUUGAAGAAAUAUAUAGUCCAAGCCAUGAAGAAAAUUUUGACAGUGGAGAGGAAGUAAGUACAGAGUUGGAAUUCUGGUCAGAGGGAGAGGCAGAUGAUAUGGAGUUGGGAAUCUGCUGCUCAGAGAGAGAGGAAGAUGAUGUGGAGUGGGAAAUCAGCAGCUCAUAGAGAGACGAAGAUGAUAUGGUGUGGGAAAUUGGCUCGCCAUUGCGAGAGUUAGAUUAGUUUUUAUCAGGAAUUAAUUGAUUAUCUAUAUUGUUUGCUGCUGAAAAGGUACAUUAACUGUAAUAAGACAUAAAUAUUGCUUUAAGGCUGUCGCCUAUAAAAGAUUCCAUCCGUAUGAGAAUUGUAGUUUAAGGCGGCC